UAAAAGAAUUUUUCGGAAAAAAAAAAAUAAAAUACGAGAAGUGCAGUUAGGGGAGAUUGGGGGAACGAGGGGUUCGUUGGCUCGGAGCCAGCCAGGAUCGUGUAUCGAAUUUCACGUUUCCCACGAUUAUAAAUCUCCAGCUGAAGAAUCUGUGACAGCCGGUGAACGCGAUGCAAAAGAACGAAAUCGAUCGUCUACCGAGGCAUAGGCACAGAGAAGAGAAAUAAUGAAAUAUCACGAGUUUUCACGAAGUCGACAAACAAACAAGAAUAUUCAUGAAUUAUAUCCCGGACGUCUCUUACAAAUACUGUGAUAAAUACUUGUACCGACAGAAACAGAUAAAUGAACGUAAUCAAAUACUAGACUAGAAAUUUAUUUAUAAGUAACCGGAAAAAAAAAAAAAAAUGGAAUCUGUUACGAGUAGUUGGAGUAAUGAAAGGUUUGACCUUCGUAGAACGAAGAGAGUAAUUAAAAACGAAUUGUCCGAGUUCUCGGAAUUGUUUCGCAGCAAGCAUAUCAAAUUCCACUGAUGUUGAAAUCGUUUGAAACACCGUCGAAGUGAACUUGUUGAAUCAGAAGCAAUGGAAUUAAAAUAGUACAAAGCCAAUUAGAGGUAGAAAUUCCUGAAGGAAUUCCCACGAGACGUCUAAGGAUGAAAGUGAGGAGUUAUCCUGGGAGAGCAGUCCUGGAGGACCCGGAAUUACUUCUGGACCCGGACGCGACUCGGGGAAAGGCCAUGGAACUGCUGUACGAGGCUAGCUGGCGCGAAUGCGGUGUAAACUGGACGAACAACGCUAGAAAGCCCGUGCAUAACGGGAGACAGCCUUACUCAGCGGUGAUAACCCAACUGGAGGGUGUCCUGAACUGUUCCGCGAGGGACGACGAGCUAGAAUCGAGGAAAUCGAGCAGCGUCGAGAGCAGCGACAGCGAGUCGUGCGAGGUGACGAGGAGCGCUAAUGGUAACGACGGUAAUCAAGGUGGAUUCGUGAUCCCGAGGCCGAGGCUGAUCGUUCCGGUUCACACCUACGCGAGGAGACGAAGAACCGGGGCUCCGCCUCCGUCCAGAAGGCGGAUAGCCAGAGAAGAGGGCAAGGUGGAAGUGUCGCGAAAUGGAAAAUACAUGAGCACCCUCGAACAUGGAAAAGUGUUAGGCGAAUUGGCGAUCCUUUAUAAUUGCAAGAGAACAGCGACGAUAACUGCAGCUACUGAUUGUCAAUUAUGGGCCAUCGACCGGCAAUGUUUCCAAACGAUUAUGAUGAGAACUGGCCUCUCGAGGCAGGCCGAAUACACCGACUUCUUGAAGAGCGUUCCCAUCUUCAAGAAUCUGCCAGAGGAAACUCUGAUAAAGAUCUCCGAUGUAUUAGAAGAGACUUUCUACAACAACGGAGAUUACAUAAUCAGACAAGGAGCCAGAGGAGACACGUUCUUCAUAAUAAGCAAAGGACAAGUACGCGUUACGAUAAAGCAGCCAGACACUCCCGAAGAGAAAUAUAUCAGGACGUUGGGCAAGGGUGAUUUCUUCGGCGAAAAAGCGCUUCAAGGGGAUGAUCUACGAACGGCGAAUAUAAUCGCGGACGAUCCGGAAGGAGUCAGCUGCCUGGUAAUCGAUCGGGAAACGUUCAAUCAAUUGAUCUCGUCUUUGGAUGAGAUUCGUACGAGAUACAAGGACGAGCUUGUCGAACGCAGAAGAUUGAACGAAGAAUUCCGAGACCUGAGAUUGCAAGAUCUACGACCACUGGCUACGCUAGGAGUGGGCGGUUUUGGAAGAGUGGAACUGGUCCAAAUAGCCGGCGACGGAAGCCGGUCGUUCGCGUUGAAACAGAUGAAAAAAGCACAGAUCGUGGAAACGCGACAGCAACAGCAUAUCAUGUCCGAGAAGAGGAUAAUGGGCGAGGCCGAUUGCGAUUUCGUCGUGAAACUGUUCAAAACGUUUAAAGACCGGAAGUAUCUAUACAUGUUGAUGGAGGCCUGUCUCGGCGGAGAACUGUGGACUGUUCUGAGGGACAAGGGUCAUUUCGAUGACGGGACGACUAGAUUUUACACCGCCUGCGUCGUCGAGGCCUUCGAUUAUCUUCAUUCGCGAAAUAUUAUCUACAGAGACCUCAAACCGGAGAAUCUGUUGUUGGACGGCCAAGGCUACGUGAAGCUAGUCGACUUCGGUUUUGCGAAACGUUUGGAUCACGGCAGGAAGACUUGGACUUUCUGCGGCACGCCUGAAUACGUGGCGCCGGAAGUUAUUCUGAACAAAGGUCACGAUAUUAGCGCAGACUACUGGUCUCUGGGCGUCCUGAUGUUCGAAUUGUUGACCGGGACACCACCAUUCACCGGAGGAGAUCCUAUGAAGACUUACAAUAUCAUAUUAAAGGGUAUCGACGCCAUCGAAUUCCCGAGGUCAAUAACAAGAAACGCCACUGCGCUCAUUAAAAAACUUUGCAGGGAUAAUCCGGCAGAACGUCUCGGUUACCAGAAGGGCGGCAUUAGUGAAAUACAGAAACACAAGUGGUUCGAUGGUUUCAACUGGGAAGGACUGAGAGCCAGAACGCUCGAGCCUCCGAUAAUGCCAAGGGUUCAAAACGCCGCUGAUACGACGAACUUCGACGAAUAUCCUCCCGAUUCCGAUCCACCCCCGCCUGACGACAUUUCCGGCUGGGACAACGACUUCUAACGUUAGACUGUUUGCAACGUGAUUGUUUUUUAUGGGACAGAGAAGCUCCGCGAUGCUUUUCAAUGAUGAUGAUCAGGGAAUCGCUGAGAAACGUUUCACAAUCUCUGCAUUUAUAGUUAUAAUGAAACCGCGAACGAUUCGCGGAUUACUAUACGAUUCCUAGAUCUUGAAAUUCUGAGCCUAGAUCAUUCGAAGGAUCCAUAGGAACCGAUCUGAUAAUAGAGACGUCAGG